UGGUUGCAGUCUAACGAAGAGUCCUCUCUUUUGUCAACUGUGAGCAGAAUAGCAUGGCAUGAAAGAGCUCCUGGGGAGAAAAAGUUAAGCAACUAAAACCGAUCUGGAUGGAAUGUACUUAUAAAAUAAUGUAUUGCGGUUUCAUUGACUGACGUGCAGUUCAUAAUCUGCUUCUGUUGCAGUACCGCAAACUAGUCUUGCUUCAGCCUCUUGCUCCUUGCCCUUUCUCCCUCUCUCCCUCCAUCCCUGUGUGUGUGUGUGUGUGUGUGUGUGUGUGUGUGUCUCUCUCUCUGUCUGUCUCUCACUCUUUCCCUGUCUACCACAGUCUCUCUCUCUCUCUGGUUCUCUCACUGUCUCCCUCAGUGUCUCGUUCUCUGUCUGAGCUGAUCUUCUAUCUGGACACCAUGAUCCUAGUGGAUUUUUUUAUGUUAGCGGGUGCUCUCUCCUGGACGGCGGCGGGGGGCUCCUCCCCGGUCCCGUCCGUCCCUGGUCGAGUCCGGGCGCUGGCCGGGUCCUGUGUGGUGGUCCCCUGCUCCUUCACCCCCCUGGCUGCUCCCCUCAGGAGGGGUGGGGGUCGGGUGGAGGUCCGGCUGAAGUUCACAGGAGGACGCCGUUUCCUUUCGAGGAGCACCGCCUUCAACAGCGAGGACCCCCGUCACGUGGCCGGGGAGUACCUCAGACGGACCUCCCUCCACGGGCGGAUCUCAGAGGGGGACUGCUCGCUGAGACUGGAGCCGGUCCGCCUGCAGGACUCACGGGCCUUUGAGGUCGCCUUGAAGGGCCCGGAGGAUUGGUACUGGGGGACCCCGAGGGCCUUCACCCUGGAGGUCUCUGAACAUCCUGAGUCCCCCGUCAUCAGCGGGCCGGUGUCCGUCACCGAGGGACAGCCCGUCUCCCUGAACUGUACGGUGGGCUCCUUCUGCCCGUCCAGACCGCCCGUGCUGCGCUGGCACUGGGAGAGAGGAGCCCCGCCCAACAGCAGCAGCAGUGAUGGAGGGGGACGCCAGCUCCUCCUCCAACGCCAGCCCCACCGGCCCCUACUGCUCUCCUCGCUCUCCUUCACCGCCUCCUCCACGGCCAAGCCCAGAGUCCGGUGUGAGGCCGCCUACCCUGGAGGAGCCGUGGUGGGCGCGCUCAGGGAGGUCCACAUCACCUUCGCUCCCAGGGAGGUGAGGGUGGAGGUGCGCUCCCUGGUGGUGCAUGAGGGGGGCAGCGUGCUGCUGGAGUGUGCGUGUAAGGCCGACCCCCCUGUCACCACCUACCGCUGGUCCUACGUACUGCACGGCCACACCGUGGCCCUCGACGCGCACACGCACGCCGCACGCAUCUACAACGCAACCAGAGGCACGCUGGUCCGCUGCUCGGCUCACAACCUGAUUGGUCGAGGGGAUUCCCGGCCCACGCCGUUGGACAUCCAAUACAAACCACUCAUCCUGCGCCUGCUCUCGUCCUGUUUGCUCGCGGAGUUUGAGGUCACAUGCGUUUGUAUCGUGAACUCGAACCCGCGGGCUGCGGUGAGGUGGAGUGUGAACGGGAGUGUGCCCUCUGGUGGGUACAACGUGUCGGUGGAGGGGGACUCGAGUGAAGUGAGGUCAUGGCUGCGCUGGCGGAUGGACGGAUGGCAAAGGGUCACAUGUCUGGCGGAGAACCAGCUGGGAGAUGACUCGCUGACCCUCAUGCAGCCCGGAGAAGUGAGCUCCCCCUGGUGGCUUGUGGCGGUAGUAGCGGUCUGUGUCCCUGCGUGCACCUCAUCUCUGCUGCUGCUGUACUGCUGCCGACGACGCAAGAGAGUACGGCGUGUGUUGAACAGACACCGCGGUGCAUAUCUCAGGGACAUGGCAGUCAAGACUCCGCUCUAUAUCAACUGCACGGAGGUGACACAUGUCUAUUGCAACGGCAGCUAUCAACUGGUUUACCAGAACGCCACGCCCCUCUUUGUACGCACCAAUCAGGCUCGGCCGAUAGGAAGAAGAGGAGGAGAGAGGCGCAUGCGAGCAAGAAGAGAGAGAGGAAGAAGAGAUAGAGCGACACGAAGGGAGACGAGCAGCAGGGAGGAAACGGAGACGGCCAUCUACGUUGAGAUCCUCUGA